GGGCGGGCCCGGGGUUUGCGGGGAGGGGGAAGGCAGCAUCCUGCGAGGCGGGAGUGGGGUGCGGAAGGUGGCGGCACGGCGAAAGGUCCGGCUUGUGGGUGGUGAGCGAGCUGCGUUCCUCACGCUGGGUGCUGUGGGGCCGAGGCUCGGUGGAGCCAGGCCUGGCUCCCUGACUGCCCGGCCUUGUGGAGGUUGGAGGGAGCGGUGCGGCUGCGGUCAUUUGCAGAAUCAAAAUGGUUGAAGCAGAUCGUCCUGGGAAGCUGUUCAUUGGAGGCCUGAACACAGAGACUAAUGAGAAAGCCCUUGAGGCUGUAUUUGGCAAAUAUGGACGAAUUGUGGAAGUACUCUUGAUGAAAGACCGGGAAACCAACAAGUCCAGAGGAUUUGCAUUUGUCACGUUUGAGAGUCCAGCAGAUGCAAAAGAUGCUGCCAGAGAUAUGAAUGGAAAGUCAUUAGAUGGGAAGGCAAUUAAAGUGGAACAAGCAACCAAGCCAUCCUUUGAAAGUGGUGGUAGGCGUGGGCCACCACCCCCUCCACGAAGCAGAGGUCCUCCCAGGGGCCUUAGAGGUGCAAGAGGCGGAAGUGGCGCGAGAGGACCACCUUCAAGAGGGAGUCACUUGGGGUCUUCUCGAGGACCACUUCCCAUGAAGAGAGGUCCCCCUCCACGAAGUGGAGGCCCUCCACCCAAAAGAUCUGCACCUUCAGGACCAGUGCGUAGCAGUAGCAUGGGAGGCAGAGCUCCUGUAUCACGUGGAAGAGACAGUUAUGGUGGUCCUCCCCGGAGGGAACCAAUGCCCUCACGAAGAGAUGUCUACAUGUCUCCAAGAGAUGAUGGCUACAGCACUAAAGACGGUUACUCAAGCAGAGAUUAUCCCAGUUCCAGGGAUACACGGGACUAUGCACCACCUCCACGAGACUACGCGUACCGUGAUUACGGUCAUUCCAGUUCACGUGAUGAGUACCCCUCUAGAGGAUAUAGUCUUUCCUCCUAUAGUGAUCGUGAUGGAUACGGUGGGGGACGUGACAGAGACUACUCGGAUCAUCCAAGUGGAGGCUCCUACAGAGAUUCCUAUGAGAGUUACGGUAACUCACGUAGUGCUCCACCUGCACGAGGGCCCCCGCCAUCUUAUGGUGGAAGCAGUCGGUAUGAUGAUUACGGCAGCACGCGAGAUGGAUAUGGAAGCCGAGAAAGUUACUCAAGCAGCAGGAGUGAUGUCUACUCAAGUGGCCGUGAUCGUGUUGGAAGACAAGACAGGGGUCUUCCCCCAUCCAUGGAAAGGGGUUAUCCACCUCCUCGUGAUUCUUACAGUAGUUCAAGCCGCGGAGCACCCAGAGGUGGUGGCCGUGGUGGAAGCAGAUCUGAUAGAGGUGGAGGCAGAAGCAGAUACUAAAAACACUCUUAAACUUUUGGACCAAGACAGAUUACUUCUCAAAAAACAAAACAAAACAAAAAACCAACAAAAAAACAAACAAAAGUGGAAGUUGUUCUAUCUUUACUACCAGAGGACUACUAAAAGGAAAAGUUGUUUUUACCUUUUUUUAUUGUUGCCUGUUAAGUUUUUCCCCUCCAUGACUUUUAUGCUUUUGUGAGGAAAAGUUAAACCAAUGUUUAAUUUCAUUUCAAAAUUGUUAACAUUUCUUUCAAAAAGCAGAUGUUAAAUGUAUAAAAACUUGAGCUGUGUACUAGUGUUGUAAUUUUUAAAGUAAAGUUACCCUGAAAUGCCACACUACCCAUCUGAUUUUCCUCAUGACUGGAACAAGCAGUUCUUAAGAUCUUCCACACAACAUUCAGCCAUCUGACAUGGAGAUGGAUUGUUCUACAGGCUCAGCAUCUCACUCUUAAAAAAUACUGCUUGUGAUUUGGAGGGUGGUGGGGAUGUUCCACAUAAAGUUCAGUUUUGCCUAGAAUUCCAAGUCAGUCACAGUGUUUCCAGUAAAAAAUCCCUUCAGAUUCUUGUGUAAAGCAAAAUGGAGGAUAUCAUUCACUUAACCUGAAAAAGCAAGUGGAUAAUGCUAUUUUCUGCCUUCCUACUGUUUCAUGGGGAGUUAGAAAAGAUCUCCCAAGUAAAACAUGUACAUGUAAGUCAGCUACAGACUACUGUAAAAAUAAAAGAGAAAUUGGCCAAUUCCAUCAAAGAAGCUGCAAAACGAUGCUUACUGGUACUGUUUCAAAUUUUUGCAACUCUGUAGUGUUUCACUUUUAAAGGAACAUCUUGAUUCCAAAGGAGAAAAUAAGAUAAGCAAAGAAGUCUUUCUCUCCAACUUCUCAAAGGCUUAUGGCUUCAUAAAAACAAGUGAAUCUUUCAGCAUUCCACAGCUGAUUUAAAGCAUCAAAUGCCUGUGAAACACCAAAGAUGGUAAGCAAAGCAAACUAGUUUUUCAGUCUAAGUCAAAAUUGAACCAAGUUACCUACCUCUAGUACAGUCAGAGAAGCUGCUCAUUAUGGCAAUGGAAAUGCUGUAUAGAUU